UCUUUUCAAAUUUUCCAGCCUACCCUUGCACAGCAGAGAAAAAUAAAAAGCCUUGAGGCAAAGUGUUGUCACAUAACUCGUAUAUGUAUAGAAAGCAACAACUGGAGAUGGAUGGUGAAGUCAUGGUAGAGAGGAAUCCCCUUGAUUUGGAGUGCCUUCGUAGGAUGUGGAAUCUCCCAGCCGUCAGUGCUGCUGUGAAUUAUGCUGCAGACAUGUAUGGCAAAGCCAAGGAAAAGCCCUAUAUGGGGUAUGGAUUAGGUGUGGCUGAAGCUGGAAUGCAGCGAGCACUUCAUGGUGUGCUUCCAUUAGUUGCUCGUUGUGAAGUCCCUCUGACAAUGGUUGACAAGAUGGCAUGCAAAGGGUUGGAUGUGCUUGAGCAGUCUGUCCCCAUCAUCAAGGAAGAACCCCAUCAGGUCUUGGAGGAGACCAAAGCAUAUGUUGCAACGAAAGCCAAGCCAACCGCUGAAAUGGUGAAUGCCAUCUUGAAGUAUGGUGGGGAGAAGUUCCAUGGUUCUCUGCAGUAUGGACUAGACAGUAAACAUGUGAAGCUGGCUCUCAAGACCAUUGAACAGGGCCUUCAUCUGACUGAUGCCUUCAUAGCUCAGUAUUUGCCCCCUGAUGAGAAAGGUUUCAAGCCAGCCCCUACUGGUACUUCUGUGGAUCCCUCCCUGGAAGCUGUAAUGGAUCGUGGUUAUCAAAUACGUUGUCAUCUGACUCACCUUGUCCAAUGGCAGUUCCUUCAACUUCAGCACCGUUCAAUGGACACUAUCACCCAACUGUCUGGCAUCAUUAACAUGCUGGGGUGGAGUAAAGAGCAGCUCCACAAAAGAGGAGAUUCACUGAAGUCCAUGACUCAUUCUGUUCGCAAGCAACUUCAGUCUUGGGAAGGAGAUGUCAUUGCACGUGCCCGUAAUUUGGCUCAGCAUCUGGUCUCUGUAUAUGAGCAAAGUCACAAGUACAUGCCUGAGCAAGCUCAGAUGGCUAUCGAUCGAGCUCAUCACUUUGCUUCCACUAUUUACAAUUCCCUGCCAAAUAACAUGACUGAACUCAAGGAGGAUGGCCUGAACCUGAUUCAUUGGAACCUUUCUGCUCUUCAAUCUACCAGCCAGGAACUCCUUCAUAUGGCCAUCUCAUUCCCCCCUCUGAGCUAUGUGGUUUCUGAGCUCCAGGCAGCAUGGGAUUCCAACAGUGAAGAGGCUCAAUCUCGACCAAACCAAGAUGGCAACCCUGUCACCAAUCAGACGGAAAGAUUGAGAACAAGGCAGUGAUACCAAGAAGGCUCAAUUCUCAAAAUAUUUUUUUUAUUCCUUCUCCCAGAUCAUAGUAGCUUAUCCUGUGAGGUGGUGGGCUCUUGUGUACAUACUUUGGGUUCUUUUUUUUUAUAUUUCUUUUCUUGGAGCCUGUUUAUAUGGGCAUUAUGUGUUUUUGAUAUUUCUUUGUGCCCUCAUUUUAUGCAGUUCAUUUUAAAACAAAGCACCUUAAGGGCCUUUAGAAUAAAGAGCAGUUCUAUUGAGCAUCACA